AUGGAAGAAGUGAAAUUUUUAGGACAUGUGAUAUCAAAGGAAGAAGUGUCAGUUGAUCCUAGCAAAAUUGAGGCUGUAAUGCAUUGGGAGAGACCUAAGACUAUCACUGAGAUCAGGAGUUUCUUAGGAUUGGCAGGAUACUAUAGGAAAUUUAUUAAGCGAUUUUCACAAUUAAUGUUACCUUUAACUAGGUUGACUAGAAAAGAAAUUCCUUUUGUAUGGACUCAAGAAUGUGAGUAUUAUUUUCAGGAUUUGAAGAAUAAGUUAACAUCUGCACCAAUUUUAACAAUGCCUGAUCCAUUAGGAAAAAUUGAAGUUUAUAGUGAUGCAUUUAGGAAGGGAUUAGGAUGUGCCUUAUUGCAAGAAGGAAAACUUGUAGCUUAUGCAUCAAGACAAUUGAGACCUUGUGAGGAGUUUAUCCAACUCAUGAUUUAG